AAAAGUUGAGCGUUUGUUUAUUAUGUGGUCCGAUUUUGUGGCGAUAAAUAAAAUAAUGUGUGAUGAAUAAAUAUAUUAUAUUAUACAUCGCUGUUCUGAAAUUCUGAAUCAGAUAUAAUAUCUAUACCUGCUAUUAAGAUGAGUGGUCCAAAUGGCAUGUUAUAUGGUGGCGAUGAAAUAGGUGCACUUGUUUUCGAUCCGGGGCAUCAUUCAUUUAGAGUUGGAUACGCGCAAGAAGAUACUCCAAAAGCAGAUAUCCCUGCUGUCAUCGGCGUAGGACCAGCAACGCACAUACCAGAUGCAGAAGAAAAAGUUGGCGAUGGGAAUGUUACUCAGAGCGGUACAAAAACCGGCAAUGAGUUGCGACAUUACAUAGAUGUGACUGAGUUGCAUGUGCCCAGGCCUAACAUGGAAGUGCAAACAUAUAUGAAAGAUGGACAAGUUGACAACUGGGACCUGUUUGAGAAGAUGCUAGAUUAUUGUUAUAAUAAGGUCAUCAGAUCUCCAUCGGAGCACCAUCCAGCACUGUUCUCAGAAGCGGUCUGGACAACCAGACCAGCUCGAGAGAAGCUGGCUGAGUUACUAUUCGAGAAGUACCAGACACCGGCUUUCUUCCUGGUUAAGAAUGCAGUCUUGGCAGCAUUUGCAAAUGGCAAGUCAACAGCACUGGUUGUUGAUGCCGGGGCAAGCCAGACAUCUGCUGUGCCAGUCAUUGAUGGGUACGCCCUCGUGAGCGCAGCUGUCCGGUCACCUGUGGGAGGUGACCACUUGGCCACCCAGGCUAAGAUAAUGCUAAAUUCCAUGCACAUACAAAUGUUGCCGAUAUACAGCAUACAAAGCAAAGAAGUGAUUCGUGAACGAGAGCGAGCCAAGUAUACCCUGAAGACUCUACCUGCCUCGCUCACACAGUCGUGGCAGCAGUACAUGCUCAAGCGACAGUACGAGGACUUCUGUCAUUGUGUUGCACAGGUGUCAGAAUCUGUAUACGACGAACGCACAGCGGCCUCGGUUCCAGGCGUGCACUAUGAGUUCCCGGGGGGCUAUCACCAGGACUUCGGCCCUGAAAGGUUUAAGCUCACUGAGUGCCUAUUCGAGCAGAGUUUGGGGGCACCGCAUCUGGUGUGCGCGGCGGUGUCGUCUUGUGACGCGGACGCUAGACCGGCGCUCUGGGGCUCCGUGGUGUCCUGCGGGGGCGGCGCCGCGCUGGGGGGCUUCACGGAGCGACUGGCGCGGGAACUGGCGUCGAGGGCACCUUCCUCACACCGGCUGAAGACGCACGCGGCACCCUCGCCGCACGAGAGGCGCUUCGCUUCUUGGAUCGGUGGAUCGAUAUUGGCUUCGAUCGGAUCUUUUCAGCAGAUGUGGAUAUCCUCCCAGGAGUACGACGAAGGCGGGAAGGGACAGUUGGAGAGGAAGUGUCCUUAAUAUGUUAUAAGAAUAGAUAUUUGUAAUAGAAA